AUGCAAAACGAAGACAAGAAAAACAUCGAAUUGUACACCCCAAGAAAGUGCUCUGCCACCAACCGUUUGAUCACUGCUAAGGAUCACGCUUCAGUCCAAAUCAACAUUGGUCACGUCAACCCAGACGGUAUCUACAACGGAAAGCAAACCUCAGUUGCCUUCUGCGGUUUCAUCCGUAACAACGCCCAAUCCGAUGCUGCCCUCAACCGUAUCGCCCAAAAGAAGGGUUUCUUGAAGAGCUUCUAA